CUACAAAACGCCUCAUAAGAACACUUACUUACCUACCUACUUAGCCCCCAAAAUCCGACUUCUCAGCAACAGUUUCUAUAUUUGAACCUCAGCCUGGCCGUCCUAAUGAUAUGGCGUGCCGUCUAGCGAGUCAUUACAUGGUCCCUCCCUACCUCAAUGCAUCCCGGGGGAGUUGUGUGUUGGACGGCUCGGGAGUGUAUCGUGGUUAGAUCCUUGCGUUAGCUAUCCUUGCAGGACAUAUCCGGCCCCUCGGGGCAUGUGCGUGUGUGCUUGUGUAUUUGCUAGUGCAGUGCACGAGGCUGAGAGGCGCGAGGCUGGUGGUUGUGGUGGUGGUGCACUUGAGUAGUGUAGUCGAGAUGGUGGACGUUGUGGGAGGGGAUAUAUAUAAGGCUCGAUUGUCACUAAGCAGACAUUCUGAUCUGCCCACGGAUUCUCCUAAGUUGGCUUCUGUGUACACGUCAAGGGCGACAGCAAAGGGCUGUUCAACAACGACAACAAGACACGCACAAGGCUGUAUCCAUAUCCCAAAUACCUACCUGGCUGGACACUCAUCCGCCCACGCUCUUCGCCCUCUCAACAAACCAGCGUUUCCAAAAAAAAAAAACAAUCUCUCCAAACCUACCACUAUGUAUCACCUCGCACCCCUCCUCCUCCUCCUAGCAGCAUCCACAGUCCUCUCAAACCCCCUCUCACUCCGCCGCUCUGACCCCCUCCAACACCUCCAUGCCCGCCAAUCCGACCCCACCGACCCCAAGAACCAGCUUCACCACGGCCCAGUCGUCUACCUGACCGACUGCGACGUGCCCGCGCCCUCUAAGCACUACUCCAUCAUGACAUACUACACCGGGCACGUGAACCGGGCCACGCCCAUCACCGCCACGGAGCGACAGCCGGUGCAUAAAUGCCGGGUGUCGAAUAGCACGUGGGUGGAUUGGGGCAGUCGGGUGCAUUGGGACUGUUUUGAGGGGCAAGGCACCCCCGCGGACGUCUUUAGCUUUGAGAGUCAGAUGGAGGUCACGAGUGGGACGUAUGGCGAGUGGGCUGGCAGUGGGAAGGCGGGUGGGAAGGAUGGGGCUGGUAAGAGGUAUACGUGCUGGAAGGAUGAUCAUCGGGUGUUGUUUGAGGAUCGUGAUGGCUCUGAUGAGAUGCAGUGUUAUUCGGGCUAUUACUGUUAUUUCUGAAGAAGGCUCUUUGGAAAGGGGAAUUAGUGGAAUCGGACGACCUGCCAUGUGACCUUGGACAGGAAGAUUAGACGCACAUCAUGGAU